AAUAAAACAGACUCGUGGAUAUUACAACGGCGGCUGCUUCAGCAUGCUAUCAGGCAAGAGCAGGCCAUACUUGAAGAUAAGGUGGAUAUGGAGGGAAUGGAAUGGGCUUUGCAUAACUUAGGCACCCUCUACGCCGACCAAGGCAAGCUGGCUGAGGCCGAGAAGAUGUACACUCGGGCGCUGCAAGGCAGUGAAGAGGCACUUGGACCGGAUCACACAUCGACACUCUCAACAGUCAACAACCUAGGCACCCUCUACAAAAACCAAGGCAAGCUAGCUGAGGCCGAGAAAAUGUACACUCGGGCGCUGCAAGGCAAGGAGGAGGCACUUGGACCGGAGCACACAUCGACACUCUCGACGGUCAACAACCUAGGCGCCCUCUACGCCGACCAAGGCAAGCUAGCUGAGGCCGAGAAGAUGUACACUCGGGCGCUGCAAGGCUACCAGCAAGCUCUUGGUCCUGAACUUCUGCCCUCUUAUUUACCAGCGUUGAACACUAUGUUUGCUUUUGGCGACCUCUUCUCGCAAACAAGUCGGAAAGACUUGGCGAAGGAAAUGUACAGUCGGGCAUUAGCUAGAUAUACAGCCGUCCAACCUUCUUCGAAAUGGUCCAAGAUUGGGUUUACGGAACCUGUAGCACAAGAUUCAAGGCGACUUAAGCGAAAACAUUCUGCAAACUGGGAAAGCGGCUGA